CAAAAUAAUAUUUAGUUUCAUGACUUGCAACUUUAUGGGUCUUAUUCAACAAAACAUCUUUUCUGUAUGCAAUUUCAUAAUUAGACCGUAUGUCUUCUAAGUUUUGUCUUAUGUUGUCUGGUGGAAAAAACAAACAACAAUGAGAGUUACAUUACUUUCAUUCCUUCUGUGCUACUACUGCAUAUACAUCACUGCUGUGUCUGCCAAAUGUCUUGAACAUCAACAAUCAUUGUUGCUCCAAUUUAAAAACAAUCUCACAUCCGGUGUAGUCGACUUGGAGCAGUGGAAUCAAGGCAUUGAUUGCUGUAAAUGGAUCGGCGUAACAUGUGACAACGAGGGACAGGUUAUAGGCCUUGACCUGAGGCAAGAAUUAAUCACUGGUAGAUUUGAUAAUUCCACUAGUCUUUUCAGUCUCCAAAAGCUGACAAAGAUUAGGAUACUGUAUCUAGACUGGAUACGUAUAACCGCCAAAGGACACGAAUGGAUCAAUCUUUUGUUACCGCUUCGCGACCUGCAAGAAUUGAGCCUGCCACAUUGUGGUCUUUCGGGACCUCUUGAUUCUUCCCUAUCAAGACUAGAGAAUCUAUCUGUCAUUAUUCUUGAUGGGAACGAUUUUUCAUCCUCGGUUCCAGAAACAUUUGCCAAUUUUAAAAACCUUACCACCCUCAGUCUUAAAUCUUGUGGAUUGGUUGGUACAUUUCCACAAAAGAUCUUCCAAAUUGGAACGUUGUCGGUUAUUAACUUAUCGUUCAACCACAAUCUCCAUGGUUCAUUUCCAGACUACAAAACGAGUAAAUCUCUUCAUGAAAUUAGAGUGAGAUUUACAAAAUUCUCUGGAGCGUUGCCUACCUCUAUUGGCAACCUGAGGAAACUAUCUAACUUAGAUCUUUGUUUUUGUCAAUUCAAUGGAACACUUCCAAAUUCAUUGUCAAACCUCACACACCUGAGAUACUUGGAUCUAUCAUCUAACAGUUUCACUGGUUCAAUCCCAUCCUUUGACUUGGCAAAAAACCUCACCAAUCCAUCAUCUUCUCAGUUUGAAGGAUGGCAUAAUCUUGUCAAAAUUAACCUGAGUAAUAACUCUUUCAAAGGUAUCAUUCCUUCAUUCCUUUUCACACUUCCAUUUUUAGACGAGAUUAAUCUUUCAUUCAACCACUUUAGUAAACUAGAAGAAUUCACAAUCAUGUCUUCCUCCGCACUAUACACCCUUGAUUUAAGCAACAACAAUCUAUCAGGGUUUUUUCCAACGUCUAUCUUUCAGCUUAAUUCGCUUUACGCCCUUGACCUUUCCUCUAACAAGAUCACCGGAUCUCUACAGCUAGACAAGCUUUUAAAGCUUAGGAAUUUAAAAACACUAGACCUUUCAUAUAACAAAUUAUCAGUAAAUGGGAAUGUGACAAAUGCUGAUCUGCCUCUUAUUUCCAAUUUCAGAACUCUAAAAUUGGCAUCCUGCAACUUGAAAACUUUUCCUAAUUUCUUGAUAAACCAAUCCGCGUUACUCACUCUAGACCUUUCGGAUAACCAGAUUCAAGGAAUAGUACCACACAGUAUUUUAAAACAACAAUAUCUUGAAGAACUUAAUAUUUCUCACAAUUUUUUCACUGGUUUUGAAGGACCUUUGUUAAAGGGAAAACUGAACCUGGCGGUUCUCGAUCUUCAUAACAACCAAAUGCAAGGACUAAUACCUGUUAUCGCUAAAUCUGCGUUUUAUCUGGAUUACUCAACCAACAAAUUCUCUGUCAUCCCACAAGACUUUGAUGAUUGCUUGUUAAGAGCAUCUUUUGUCUCUCUUUCAAAUAAUGAUUUACAUGGAAGUAUCCCUCAUUCCAUCUGCCAUACUUCAGCUCUUGAAGUACUUGAUCUUUCCAUCAAUAAAUUUUCUGGAACAAUACCUCCAUGUUUGAUGACAAAGUUUGACACCCUUUAUGUAUUAAAUCUUAGGAAGAACAAUCUCACUGGCCCCAUACCAGAUAUGUUUCCGACUUCUUGUGCCUUGAUGACUUUGAAACUCCAGGAAAAUUUCUUACAAGGGCCAAUUCCCAAGUCUCUCUCCCACUGCUCAUCAUUAAAGGUAUUAGACAUUGGAUCAAAUGAAAUUGUUGAUCGUUUUCCAUGUUUCUUGAAGAACAUACCAACACUUAGUGUACUGAUUUUGCGGAACAAUGAAUUCCAUGGUUCUGUUGAAUGUUCAGUUUCACUAGAAAACAAGCCUUGGAAAAUGAUUGAAAUUUUCGAUAUUGCUUUCAACAAAUUCAAUGGAAAGCUACCUGAACUUUUUUUCACUUCAUGGGAAAAAAUGAUGCAUGAUGAAGAUGAUAGUGUAUCGGACUUUAUCCACGUAUGGGACACACAAAGUUCGCAUUAUCAAGAAAGUGUGACAGUUUCCAAUAAAGGUCGAGAGAUGGCGUUGUUAAAAAUUCUAACAAUCUUCACAGCCAUUGAUUUCUCAUCCAAUCAUUUUGAAGGACUGAUACCGAAGGUGCUGAUGAACUUCAAAGCAGUCCAUGUCCUCAACUUUUCGAACAACGGUCUCUCAGGUGAAAUCCCAUCUUCUAUAGAGAAUCUCAAACAGCUCGAGUCAUUGGACCUCUCAAAUAACUCUUUAACUGGUGAAAUUCCUGUGCAACUUGCAAACCUUUCAUUCCUUUCUUAUCUGAACCUUUCCUUCAAUCAUUUGGUAGGGAAGAUCCCAACAGGUACUCAACUUCAAUCAUUUCAAGCUUCUUUGUUUGAAGGAAACGACGGUCUAUACGGACUUCCAUUAACCGAAAUCCUAAAUGGUACGAGCCCGGACCAAAACUUGCCUCCAAAACCAGCAUGUGGAAGACUAGUUUGUUCAAUAGACUGGAACUUUUUAAGUGUGGAAUUGGGAUUUGUUUUUGGACUUGGAAUUAUCAUUGGUCCUGUCAUGUUUUGGAAGAAAUGGAGGGUAAGUUAUUGGAAACUUGCUGACAAAACUCUCUGCUGUAUUUUUCCUUGGAUGCAUCAAGAAUAUGCAACCUACAGAGGAAAAGAUUACAUAGUUUUAAGGUGCUGGUGGCAUUAGCUACUUAUGUGUGUGCUAAUUAGUAUAAUAGUAUUUUAUUUUUCUGCAUAAUGUUGUUCUGUAUGUCUACUUCUAUAUGAUGAUAUAUCUUAUGUACUAGUAAAUUUGAA